AUGCAUAUCAACCAUUGUCUUGCUUUUAUUCACCUUUUCAUGUUCUGCGGUGCUUUCCACGAAGUCACCUCCGGGGCCAUAUCGAGCCCUGACAUCCUCAGAGAUGAGCUCUUUUCGAUCAAUGCUUACGAAGUGUUGAGUGUUCACGAAGACGGCGAUGAGGAUGUUGUUCAUCUGCGGAAGCGCGCCGAUAAAGAUGGCUGUCAAAGCGAUUGCUUAAGCUACUCCGGAUGGGAAGAGGAUGAGCUCAUGAAGCCUAGUCAUGAAGAUCAGGCCGCCGAAGGCUCUUUGAGCAAGAGAAAUGCCAGAAAGAAUACUCGGGAUGUCUGCAAAGGUACUUACUCAAGGGUUUACGACAUUGGAGAUCCUCAGAAACCAGACGAAAAAGAAUGGUUCCAGCUACGAAAGCGGGAUAAAAAAUGGAAGGUCGACCUCAAUGGGCGAGCAGGUGAACGCAUAUAUGCAGCUGAACAUGUGCUUGAAUGGCACUUGCUGAAGGAUUUCAUUGAAGAAGACAAGGAAUUGAAUGAAAAAAGUCGCUGCGCACACUUAUACAAAUGGUUCUUGAAGAGUAUGCCUAAGGGCAAUAUCAAGGUCAAGGUUGCCAAAAAUGACGGGGAGCUCGGGAAGAAAGAUCGUUCCAAAAACAACGAGAAGCUCGAGACAAAAGAUCGUUUCACGUACGAGGAGAAGGACUAUACUUUGGACAAGUGGGAAUUUGCUGAAACACCUUACGAGCUGGUCAUCCUGAAUUCAGAUGCCAAUAUCAAGAAGGAGAAUGUGUGGAGUGAUAAGAACAUCUUUGUGGUACCUCAAUAUAACGACAAAGCCACGAAAAAGACCAUGUUGAAGAAUAAACAAAACUCACAAACCCUCGAAAUGCUGUUCGAGAACCGUUACUACGAGAAAAAAAAGCUACUCGAUUGGCCUGACAACAAGGGUAAAUGCACGAAGCAUGCAAGUACUCAGGAGUUGUACAAAAAGCGAGAUCUGAAGACGGAAUGGCUUGAUUUCAUGACAGCAAGACACAAGAAGUACAUGAAAAAAAUGAACGAUAUGAUGGAUGAGAAGAUCAAGGUAUUUACAGAUCCACCUGGCUCCAUUGUCUUCCCAACCAAGGUGAAGAGAUGGGACUACUUGGGGGUUUUCCGGCGCGCAAAAGAUGGCCCACCAAACUGUGGCUUUGAGCCAGAUCCUCAGAAGAUGCAGGAUAGAGUUGCUAUGAUGAUAGACGCAUACAAGAACAUGCCCAAGGCAGUGGAAGAUCUCAAACUGAACUAG